UGUUGAAGAUUCACAGAAGCAAAAUUCGCAUCGCUUUCCACUUCGUCUCUUUCUUUACAAGUACAAUGCAGCAAAGUCAAAAGAAAGACAUACGACCAGGUGGUCUUUCGCCAACGAAGGAUGCUGGGGACGAAGAACAAGCUCUGUGUGACAAGAUUCGUCCUUCCCUGGAACAACAGGAGGGAAAGAAGUUUCCGGUGUUUGACGCGACAAAGUUUAGGUCACAGGUGGUGGCAGGUGCAAUGUAUUACAUCAAGAUUGAUGUUGCCGAGCCACAAAGUUUCAUUCACGCCAAAAUAUUUCGUCCUCUUCCUGGUUCCAACCAAGACGUGACCCUCGAGAAGUAUGAGAAAGGUCACACCGCCUCUGAUGAGAUCCAAUACAUUCCAUGAGUUCACCAGCUUCCCUGUCUGUCGCUGCCACACGUGCAGCCAGUCAGCAGCAUCUCACAAAUAGGAUGCUUGAUUCUGAGGAGACACUGCUAAUAUAUAUAUACUUGCUUGAUGAUGCAAACUCUCCUGCUCCUCUCUCUCUCACUGUAAUUAAUCACAUGUCCAAGCAUUAAUAAAUAACCUUUCUGACAA